GCUGGAGCGGACUCAGAGGCGGCCGCCAUUUUGUGCAGUCGCUGGGAAGGAAGGAGACGCCUAAACCGCGGCGCUGCCGGGUUUGAGCGUAGCCAAACCUACCCACCGUCUUUAUAACCCCGAUUCUCUGUGUUUUGCUCCCGUCUCCGACGAGAGAGGCGGCGACGGUGGCGUCUGCGACGGGAGACAGCGCGUCGGAGCGAGAGAGCGCUGCGCCUGCCGCCGCCCCAAUAGCGGAGGCGCCGCCGCCAUCGGUCGUCACCAGACCGGAGCCGCAGGCCCUCCCGAGCCCGGCCAUCCGUGCCCCGCUCCCAGAUCUCUAUCCAUUUGGGACCAUGCGCGGAGGCGGCUUUGGGGACCGGGACCGGGAUCGUGACCGUGGAGGAUUUGGAGCAAGAGGUGGUGGUGGCCUUCCCCCGAAGAAAUUUGGUAAUCCUGGGGAGCGUUUACGUAAAAAGAAAUGGGAUUUGAGUGAGCUCCCCAAGUUUGAGAAGAACUUUUACGUGGAACAUCCAGAAGUGGCAAGGCUGACUCCAUAUGAGGUUGAUGAGUUACGCCGAAAGAAAGAGAUAACAGUGAGAGGGGGAGAUGUUUGCCCUAAACCUGUGUUUGCCUUCCAUCAUGCUAACUUCCCACAGUAUGUAAUGGAUGUGUUGAUGGAUCAGCACUUUACAGAACCAACUCCAAUUCAGUGCCAGGGAUUUCCAUUGGCUCUUAGUGGCCGGGAUAUGGUGGGCAUUGCUCAGACUGGCUCUGGGAAGACGUUGGCGUAUUUGCUGCCUGCAAUUGUUCAUAUUAACCACCAGCCAUACUUGGAAAGGGGAGAUGGCCCAAUUUGUCUAGUUCUGGCUCCUACCAGAGAGCUUGCCCAGCAGGUACAGCAGGUGGCUGAUGACUAUGGCAAAUGUUCUAGAUUGAAGAGUACUUGCAUUUAUGGAGGUGCUCCUAAAGGUCCCCAGAUUCGAGACUUAGAGAGAGGUGUUGAGAUCUGCAUAGCUACUCCUGGACGCCUGAUAGAUUUCCUGGAGUCAGGAAAGACAAAUCUUCGCCGAUGUACUUACCUUGUACUGGAUGAGGCCGAUAGAAUGCUUGAUAUGGGCUUUGAACCCCAGAUCCGAAAAAUUGUUGACCAAAUCAGGCCUGAUAGGCAGACAUUGAUGUGGAGUGCAACCUGGCCAAAAGAAGUAAGACAGCUUGCAGAGGAUUUCCUUCGUGAUUAUACCCAGAUCAACGUAGGCAAUCUGGAGUUGAGUGCCAACCACAACAUCCUCCAGAUUGUGGAUGUCUGCAUGGAAAGUGAAAAAGACCACAAAUUGAUCCAACUGAUGGAGGAAAUAAUGGCUGAAAAGGAAAAUAAGACAAUAAUAUUUGUGGAGACAAAGAGGCGGUGUGAUGACCUGACUCGAAGGAUGCGCAGAGAUGGUUGGCCAGCUAUGUGUAUCCAUGGAGACAAGAGUCAACCAGAAAGAGAUUGGGUACUUAAUGAGUUCCGUUCUGGAAAGGCUCCCAUCCUCAUUGCCACAGAUGUAGCCUCCCGUGGGCUAGAUGUGGAAGAUGUCAAGUUUGUGAUCAACUAUGACUAUCCAAACAGCUCAGAGGAUUAUGUGCAUCGUAUUGGCCGAACAGCCCGUAGCACCAACAAGGGCACUGCCUAUACAUUCUUCACCCCAGGGAACCUAAAGCAGGCCAGAGAGCUGAUCAAAGUGCUGGAAGAGGCUAAUCAGGCCAUCAAUCCAAAACUGAUGCAGCUGGUGGACCACAGAGGAGGCGGCGGAGGAGGGGGUAAGGGAGGUCGUUCUCGAUACCGGACCACUUCUUCAGCCAACAAUCCCAAUCUGAUGUAUCAAGAUGAGUGUGACCGGAGGCUUCGAGGAGUUAAGGAUGGUGGCCGGAGAGACUCGGCAAGCUAUCGGGAUCGUGGUGAAACCGAUAGAGCUGGUUAUGCUAAUGGCAGUGGCUAUGGAAGUCCAAAUUCUGCCUUUGGAGCACAAGCAGGCCAAUACACCUAUGGUCAAGGCACCUAUGGGGCAGCUGCUUAUGGCACCAGUGGCUAUACAGCCCAAGAAUAUGGUGCUGGCACUUACGGAGCUAGUAGCACCACCUCAACUGGGAGAAGUUCACAGAGCUCUAGCCAGCAGUUUAGUGGGAUAGGCCGGUCUGGGCAGCAGCCACAGCCACUGAUGUCACAACAGUUUGCACAGCCUCCAGGAGCUACCAAUAUGAUAGGUUACAUGGGGCAGACUGCCUACCAAUACCCUCCUCCUCCUCCUCCCCCUCCUCCUUCACGUAAAUGAAACCACUCAGGUGGUAGUGACUCGUGCAGACUUCAUUACAUUUUAAGGAACACUGUCUUUUCCUUUUUCUCCCUCUUCCUGUUUCUUUUUCUUUUUUUUCCCCCUCAACCAUUGUGAUUUGUCUUUUCAUGCAGAUUAGUUAGAAUUCACUGCCAGGUUUCUUCUGCCCGCCAAAAUGAUCCAGUCUGUAAUAACGGAUUUUGUAAAAAUAUAUAUAUAUAUAGCUGACUGGAAGAGAUUAAUUUCUUCCCCCAACUUCUUGCAUGUUGAGGAUAUUUGAGCUAUUUUUCAUCUUAAAAGAAAGAGUAAGGUAUUAGGCCCUUUUGUCGGAGCCCAUUUUCUGUUGUCCUGCAUUAUGGGGGAGGGGGGAGGGCUGAAUUUUUCUGCAGCAGAAGAUGGCAUCUGUGCUUUAAAUUGUUCUUAUUACUGGGUUAGAAAACGAAGAGGGAUAUCCCUGCACAUUUUCCAUAAUGCAUUUUGAUGUUUCUCAAGUUGGAACAGGGUUCCUCAGGCCCAAUAAGUUUUUAAAACUUUUAUUUGUCAUUGUCGUUUUGGCUGAUUGCUAAAUGCAUUUGACAGUUAAAACUUACUAAUUGGUCUUAUCUCCCUUACACUCUGCCUUCCCCCCUCCCCUCUCAGUUACUGAGAAAUAACCAUUUUAAUGUCAAGUUAGAAAUGAAUUGCUGAGUGUCAGUGUGUCUUUUAAAUUAAAAACUGCAAGUGUACUGCAGUGGUUAAACUGUGGCAUCUCAGCAUCUGGGGGGAAGCUGCCUAUUUUUCUUGCUGAUAAAACCAGGGACCAUCUGUGAAAUUGAUUUUCCAGCCAGACAGCCGCUGUAAGCAAAUGAACAUAAGCACUCACUGGAAAUUUACUUUAUUAACCAGUUAAGUCUAUGCAUUCACCUAUAGUACAAAAAGUACCUUUAAUUAUAAACAGAAUAUACUCAAAAUGGGCUCAUUUUCUUUUUAAAGUCGGUAUGUGUAGAGCUAGAAUAAAAGCAACUCUGCCAGCUACUCUGCCCUUUUGGCGAAGUUAUCUUGAACAAAGAAUCCUAAGGGUUUAUUAAGAACUCUUAUUCUCUUCAUACCCUGUUCUCUGCAGUGCUUUUUAACAACUCUUGUUGGGUGCAAAUUUUCUUCGGCAUCCUUUUGCACUCAGCUUUUUACAGGUAGGUAGUGCUUAAAAGUUAUGGAGGACUAAAGCCUAAGUCCUUUUUACUUUUCCUCCAUCUGAAGGUAGGUGAGUUUGUCCUCUUCAUAGUAAUGCUGUUUUACUGAAACUUUGUAUAGCAGAUGGGUCUGGAAAGAAUUUUCUGCUCUUGUCUUCACCAUAACAGAAUAGAGAGAUCAGACAACCCCAGAAACCUCUUCAAAUCCAAUGUGGAACUAUUAAUUUUUAUGCAGUUAAUUGGUAUUGCUUAUUCACAAUGCAGUUAAAGGGAGAUUAGCUCCACUGCAUUCUGUGGCUAAGGCCUCAGAGUGAUUGCUGGUUUGUAAAAUCUAAAUAUCUAAUACUUGAGGUUUUUGUUUUUGUUUUCCUUUUAAAAUUCUUUAGGGAGAGAGAAGGGAUGGUUUCUGAGGGGUUCUUGAAAGUAUGAUUCAUUGUGCAGCAUACAGGUAGGUUGUCAGCAUAGCUAAAAUAUAUGCAUGUAACAAUUUUGACAUCCUUUUUUAUUUUCCACUUUAUUCCUUAACUUUACUUCUCUUUUUGUCCCUUCCUUCCCCCACAAUCUUCUAGAAGUUGAGGCCAAGGGAGGAUGGUAGGCACAAAAGAAACAGCAGAACUGCUGCUGUGUGCUUUCAAACCAAAGUGCCCCCCCCCCCCGCCCCCAAACCCUAGUUUGUCUAAGCAGUGACCAGUCUUUUGUGGACAUUUCUUUCUACAACCAAAUUCUGAUUUUUUUUUUCUUUAAACAUAGAGGUUCCACCACAGGGGAUGUCUUUACUCUUCCAGCUCUUUUUAAAAAGCAUCCCUUUGAGGGAAAGGUCUCCAGGCAAGCAGUUAUUUGGAUUGCUUGCUUCCCUUUUUCCACAGGGACAUUGCAAUCAUAAAGUAACAGCAAAUUCCACAUCUCAAAAGCUAUUGUGGCCUGAGCACAGCUGAAAUCUAGCAGAGGUCAACUCUUCUGCCUCCAUGUCUGUCACUCAUUCGGAUUCUGCCAUUGGCUUCAGAACAUGGGCAGAAGAAUCAUCAUGCUAGUUACUGCAUUCAUGGUUGAAACUCGACUUAGGGAUAAGGGUUUCUAUGUAUUAAGCCACGGGCUGCUUCUUCCCAGACCCUCCCUAACAAGGCAUUGUGUGGACUUCUCUCAUCUAAAGGUUGGUGGCUUUUGCUUGGGAUCAGUGCUCUCUAUUCAUAUCCUUGCUGGUCUUUGAACACAUUCCUGUUGCAUUAAGACUUGAAAGAUUUGUAGAUGUGUGAUGUUCAGGCACAGGAUGCUAAGAGCUAUGUUACUAUUCUUAGUUUAUAAAUUGUCCUUUUGAUACCAUCUUGUUUUCUUUUUGUAGGUAUAAAUAAAAACUGUUGACAAGAA